AUGAUCCUAGCUGAUCCUGUUCCUCGUCAUAUAUCUCAGUCAGAUAAUUUUGCUUUAUCAUCGAAUUAUAUAGAUUUGGAAUCAUCGGAAAAUGAGUUGGCAAGAAUAAUACCUGAUACUACCACGCUAUUACUGAAAGUGAUCAAAGCAAUUGUUGGAUAUAAAGUGUCUGCAAUCUCACUCGCCGUUGGUGCAAUAGGAUGGAUAGUCUCCAAUUCUGUGGUCAUCGCGAUUGGUUCAAUUGUAGCUAUCGGAUUUUGUAAGCUCACAGGCAAAUGUUCACUGUCUUACGAGGAAUAUAUACCAGUUGCACAACUUCGCAGUUAUGUCACUCCCGAACAUUUGAAAACUGCUGAAACCUUUCUUGUCAGUGCUUUGGAAAAAUACGCCGAGAGCAAUAAGUAA